GUCUGCUGCCAUUUUUUUCCCUCUUCGUCAAUCCGGAAGUAGCCGACAGUGUUUACAGCUAACAGCACGAGUUUUGAAUGUCCGCAACUAGGAAGAGGUGAAAGGAAACAAAAUGACCGAAGUACCAAACGGGACCGAGACUGACGCCAUCUCCGUGCACAAUUUCUCGGAGAAGAUUUUGGAGCAGCUCGUCCACUUCCACGUGAUGAAGAUGAGCGGCGGCUUUUUCCUGUGGGUCGGUUCGGCUCCGGUUCUGUCCAACCUGGCGGUGUCCAUGAGCAGCAGAUAUGAUUCAAUGCCAUUAUCUACAUUAGUCAUGGGGGACCCAUCCAACACUACUCCGAACUCAUUGGCACAGAGAUUAGCAAAGAAGACCAACAAGCAGGUAUUUGUGAGUUACAGUCUUCCAAUGACGGAGUCCAGUCUCAGCCUCUUGGUGGAGAACAGGAUCAAAAAGGAGCUGGAGCUUCACCCUGAACACUUUUAACCAGAUAUGUCACCGUUUCGGACCUUCCUCCUCCUCCUCCUCCUCUUCUUCAGCGUCAUCAUACACCAACACAAUAACCCAAACCAUCAGCAUAGUAACAUCUAGUGUCCUUUUAUUGACAUAAUAAAUUAAGUGGUUUAUUAUCAAAACAUGUAGACCUAUGGCUUUUUGUACAAAUGCAUCAUAUUAAAAAAAUAACACUUAGAAAACGGCAUUAGUGGUUGAGAUUUUUUUCCUCUUUUUUUUUUUUUUUUUUUCCUUAAUGUGUUU